AUGCCGAUCGUGAAUCGGCUCAAAAAGUUUAUCCUUGGUUCGAAUUUUAGUAGUGAUAGUCAAAAGUCAAGUUUUGGUUCUGGAACUAAGACCAUUCCUGAUAUUGUCCGGGUCGAAACGGAUGUUUGCGAGUAUUGGAUAUUGGAUGAAGUAAUAGGUGAUGGCGCAUUUGGGAGCGUUUACAAAGCACGAUCUAAAUUGGAGUCUGGAAGGGUGGCUGCCGCAAAAGCGAUGGAAUUGGAGGAUGACGAAAGCCAGGAUGUAAUGGUUGAAGUAUCAAUUCUCACUCAGUGUAAACAUCCAAAUAUUGUCGAACUUUAUGAUGCGUUCACUAUGGGUAAUCGCAUUACGCUUUUGUUGGAAUAUUGUGGUGGCGGUGCAGUGGACAGUAUAAUGAUGGAGUUGUCACGGCAUCUUACUGAACAACAAAUUCAUUAUAUCAUGAAAGAGAUCUUGAAGGCAUUAAAUUUUCUACAUGGCAAAAAUGUAAUCCAUCGAGAUCUAAAGGCUGGCAACGUGCUGUUGACAAGUGACGCAAGGGUAAAGUUAGCUGAUUUCGGUGUGUCGGCAUUAUGCAAAGAUGGUCGAGAAGUACGGUCGACAUUCAUUGGAACGCCGUAUUGGAUGGCUCCGGAAGUGAUGUUAUGCGAAACUUUUCCGGAAAAGCAUUACAAUAAGUUGGCAGACAUAUGGAGUUUCGGAAUAACUCUUAUUGAAAUGGCAGAAGAGAAACCACCUUAUGCGGAAAUGAAUCCUGCAAAAGUGAUUUUUAAGGUCAUAAAGGCAGAUCCUCCUAUGUUGGAACGUCCCAAUCUAUGGUCUCCUAAUUUUCGAGCCGUGGUUACUAAAUGUUUAACAAAAGAUCCAGGAAAUAGACCAAGUGCCGCCGAUGUAUUAAUGUACCCAUUUUUUGCACAAUCAGGAUCAGUUCAGUGUAUACGUUCGUUGAUUAGUGAAGUGAAUGCUGAACAAAUAACAACAGAAGUGGUAGUUGGUAGUGAUGAUGAAGGACUGUAUGAUGAUGAAGAUGAUGAUGAUACGGCUACGUUAAGUAGUGUAGCAACAACUAGUGAAGUCCAGGCGUACGACGCGAACAGUGCGAGCAGUAAACAAUGUCAUUCAGUUUUGUCUGCAACCGAACAGAAAAUACCUCCUGAAGUGACCGCCUUCACCUCGAAAUCAACAAUAAUGAAUGCUGGAUCAACGACUGUUGUUGAGUUGGCACCGGCAGCAGAAAUAAGUCCCAUAUGUAUCGAAACUAAUGAUGUAGAAAAUGGCAACAUAUUAUCAUCUUUAUUAUCAGGAAAAAAACAACGCGCACCAAGUUUACCGACAAAGGAUGGAGGUAUUCUGAAAGAAGGGGAAAACACGAUAGCAAUAGUAGAAAUAAGUGCUGACGACCAAGGUAAACUAGAGUUUCUCGAAAGAUCGGAUAGUGUUGAAAGUUGCAAAAGUUCGAAACAUGGACAUCAUCACGCAGCUGUUAUAGCCCUCAGUGAUCUUGAUAAAGCGUUAAAUCUGGAGGAGGAACUGUUUUGUGAAAAUAGGGGAAAUGAUGACCAGUCGCCAGUGCUAACUUUAUCACCGAGCCCUGAUUUCCUUUCAUCGGAGUGUUCCGAUCCAACCAUGUUGAUAUUAUCAGCCUCAGAAGCUGCUCCUUCCGUCAGCGGUAAAGUGGAGAAUACUACAAAUCUGAACUUGAAUGUUCUUUCCAAACCCGAAGUGAAAGACAUUAUUGGUGUAGAACUCGAACUGGGUCGUCCGGAAUCAGCUCAUCAUAUUCGUGAUAUUGUUUCUGAAGAGCAGCUCCACGUUCAUUUACUGGGGCGACCUACCACGGUUCAAAUUACCGAAACAGGAGCUGUUGUAACGACAUCAAAUGCUUCACUCAAUAAGAAAUUGGUUGAAACUGACGCUCAAGUCAAAUUGGACCGGCCAAAUGCUAUGCAAGAAGCUAGUUUUGUCCAUAUGUUAAAAGUUGAGGACAGUCAACAAUUAAAAGUAAAGGUUUUUACAAAGGAAGAAGUUGCUGUUCCUGAAUCAAUCCCCGUCGAAGAAUUCCGUUCGUCUAAACACCAGAAUGAUUAUGCCAAACAGCCAAACAUUCCGAAGAUAGAGAAGAAAAAGGAUGCAGUAGCAUAUAAAUCUUUCGAUUCUCUUUUAAAGAUUGAUAGUGAAGAAUCUGCCAGUUCUACUGCCACACAGCGGUGUUUAUCACAGCCACAGGCAUGUUCACGUCAUUUAAUACAAGUUGGCCCCAUUUCUGCUGUGACAGGCACAAAUUACUCCGUAGGUAAAUUGCCUUUGGGUGUUUCUUUGUCAACAGAUCAUUUAAACGCGCCUGCAACAAGAACUAUUUAUAUGCACAUUCCUGAUUCCAUAUUGCAGAACGAAAUCUCCGGAUUAGAAGCUGAUAAUAUGAAUAAUCGAAAUUAUUAUUGUUAUGGAAAAUCAGUAUCAGAAAAGAGCUCCCCUAUUUUGGAGAAUAAGCAACUGCUAAAACACCAAAAUUCCGUGCGAGCAGACUUCAAAGUUCCUCUUUCUAAUGCUAAGGUAAAAGUGGAGGCUAGGAUGACAGAGCCUUCUAAUUUGUCUGCUAUGACUGCUACGAUGUCAGUGGAUGAUAAAGGGAUUGAAAAGACGGUCAUUGAAAUCCGUCGACCAUUAUCGUAUCCGGAAAGUAAUAGUAAGCAAACGAGUGUUCGGAAAGCUGUAACUGUAUCUUCAUCCUGUGCCGGCUCAUCACCACUCCGAUCAACGCAUUUAUUCUCACGGCAUAGUGCUGUUGUUGCAGCAAAAGCUAUUGAUCACGCUCGACGGCAGGAACAAAAUCGGAAUAUAAUAAGAGAUCAGAAUCGAAACCGUAAGCGAUUAAUUACGGAGCGGAAUCAAGAAUCAAAUGCGGUGAUUCUGAAGAACAUAAGUGAACAGAAAAAAGAUAAUACAGGAGAUCAAAAUGGCACUCUUCCAACUCAUCAUCAGCUUACGCCUACAACAAGUAACAAGAAGAAAGAAAUGCAGCUGGAGCACGAAUAUGAUUAUUUUGGAACAGCCUCAUCAAGUUCAUCAGGCUCUAGUAAACAUUUUCAGCGACACAAUUAUGAAGGCAAACUCGGCGAGCGUGAUGGUUCUAGUUUCUUGGCAGCCGUAGCUCCCAAUGGUGGUGUAACAUCGGCGGUAUCUGAGCCGGUAUCGAUACCUCGAGCCGUAUUAACUAUUGCACCGCCAGAACCGCCGGUUGAUUAUUAUGAAAACAAUAUAGGUAGCAGUAGCGGUGGCAGGAAGUCAUCAAACUCACAACAGAGAGUGUCGGCCAACAAAAAGUCAAUAGGAAAUGGUACCAAAGCUCCAAACACUGGUAAUGGUACAUCAGUUGUUGGAUCACGACGCUCACCUCAUCGUCAAACUGUAACCAAGAAAACUCGAGUAUAUGUUGUCGAUGGUGUCCAAAUGACAUCAACGUCUCAUCAAGUAUUCGGAGUAAAACAGGACUAUGAAUUGAGGAAACAACAGUUGCAUGAGUUGCGCCGUCUACAGCGUGAGGAAGCGCGUCAACAGCGUGAAUUGAAUGCAAAGGCCGAAGCAUUGCGUAACGAACAAAUAAAGCGUUUUGCUGCCGAUAAAGAAAAUAUCUAUAAGAAAACGGAUAUUGAGUUGCAAAUGUUGGCCAGGACGCAGAAGAGGCAGCUAAAAGAGUGUGAAGAAAUACACAAUGAAGAUAUGAAGCAGUCAUUGAAGAGAAUGCAAAGUGAUCAGGAACGUGAAUUGCGUAUGUUUCGCGAACAGUUGAAACAAGAACAACGCGACUUAAAAAUGGAAAUAGACACACUUCCAAAAAGUCAACGUAAAGACUGCUAUCGUGUACGGAAGGAACAGCUGGAUGGCGACCAACAAAAGAGAGAGAUGAACUUUGUUGCUGAACAGCAAUGCGAACAAGCGGCACGCAUGACUCGUGUCCAAUUGGAUCAUAAAAUGAAGAUUUUGCACAUUGAAAAAAAUUUCCAACAACAAAAGCAUGCUGUUUUGAGAUCACGUGAAGCUUCGGAAUGGGAUCUGGAGGAGAAGCAGCUGGCUGAACGGCAUCAUCUCAACAAGCAGGAGUUAAAAGAUCGCUUUUAUCUACAAAGAACUCAAAUGCUUGCCCGGCAUCAGAGAGAGUUGGAUCAUAUGCGCCGAGUAAAUGAAAUGGAUGAAGAGGAACAAAUACGCUUGUAUGCCAGUUUCAAAAAACGUUUACCUAAAGAUUUCCGUACUGAAUCUAAAACUCGAAUUGCUAUGUUUAAAGAGAGUCUACGUAUUUCUUGUCAGAAGGAUGAUCCUGCAACGCUUAAUGAAAAAAUACGAGCGUUUGAAGAAAAAGAAAAACAGCGUAUACGAAAUGCGUUGGAAGAACAUGACACUAAAUAUGCUCGGAAACUGAGAGAAUUGAAAGAGAAAAAUGCAACAGCUAUACGGGAACUAGAAGAAAUCCAUAGUGAGAAACGCAAAAUGUUAUUGGAAGCAGAGGAAAACAAAAUGGAAAUGUACGAGAAAGAAUAUGAACAGGUGAUAGCUGACUGGAAGGCUGGCUUGCCAAUUAGGAAACAGGCACUAGAAGCGGAAUUUACCCGUGAGCUCGAUGAAGUAGAAGCAUUCUACAGGAAGGAAAAUACUCAAUUACAGCAGUUAUCCACAGCAAUUUCUCCAAAUAGUUCUAUGUCAAGCAGACAAGAAGUAAUCGUUGGACCGCCGACAACAGCAGUAAUUGGCAAUUCGGUUCCUUGA